AUGCCUCAGGCCAACUGCCGAGACUCGGCGCGCAGCGGCAAGUCAGCGGCGCUCAAAGCCUCGCACCUCCCCCACCUCUCCCCUUCCGCCGAUUUCUCCGAUUUACGGCAGACUCUCCGCGCAUUCGUUCACGUUUCAUGGGGUUUUAUACCGGCUGGACGCAGGCUGAGCUUGAUGGAUUUGGGGUACCGGAACAUUCUGGCACCCGAUGGGCCACAUUAUUCACUCCCGACUACCGACUUUCGGUCCCCCACACUACCCCGGCCACCGGCUGUUGAUUUCAUGCAGAGAAGCUCGGAAUCUUGCGAAAUGGAGAACACCCCGCCUGUCACGGGCAAGCGCCGAGGUGGAUGUGACAUUGUACAAACCCCGGCGGCGGCUUGCUCGCGCUGUCGCCGGCUUGGUAUCGAUUGUAAAGUUGAACAGUCUUUCAAGCGCAUCUCUAAGAGAAGGCGCAAUGCAGAAAUGGAAAAGGAGAUCGCGGACCUCCGCCGCCGUUUAGGCCCUAAUUCUGACCAUGAGCAGACUGGUGAGCUGCGUGAGUCCCAAGCGGGUGAUGCGAUGUCACAUUGCUCUGAGGAUGUGUUCUCACGCCGCGAGUCCGCGGUUGAUCAGUCGCGGCAUGUCUCGGUGCCUGUGGAGACACAUCCAUCGAUAACCACACCCUUAACCAUGAAAAGAGAUGGUUCUAUCAUCUCACAAGACGAGGGUUCCUGGAGACUAGAGGACAUAUCUCUUUCUAGAAGCCGAGUCAUCCGACUAUAUGAACUAUAUUUCACCAACUAUCAUCCAUUUCUUCCUCUGUUGAACCCUCCUAAGCCCCCGGAGGUGUAUCUCAAUCGUUGUCCCCUCUUGGCGUGGACCAUCAUCUGUGUUGCGAGCCGACGUUCUCAGCAUGAGCCUGGUCUCCUAAGUGCCCUAUCUGGGCCAUUCAGUCGCCUACUGUGGUCUACUAUUACUAGUGUUCCACAAGAUUAUCGGGUGGUCAAGGCUCUUUGCGUUCUAUGCACUUGGCCUCUGCCCACAACAAGUCAACGCACCGAUGCAACAUUUAUGCUCAGUGGUUUGAUGAUGCAGAUUGCCAUGCAACUUGGUUUGCACCGCCCGGUCCAAGCAGAAGAAUUCACUACUUUCCGCAUGGAAGUGCAAGGCGAAGCUCUCAAGGAUCGAUUACACACGUGGGUCAUUUGCAACGUUGUGGCUCAAAAUGUUGCGACUGGCUACGGGCAACCACCGAGCACAAUAUACGAUUGGGCUCUUGAGCCCGCUUCACUGCGAGAUGCUGAUUACCGACUCCCCGAUGAGUUGGCCAUGCGCUUGCGAAUUGAAAAAUUCUGCGACAGAGUAACCAAGGCCUUGUACAGUAGUAAACCAGAGCCCGCGGAGAUUAUCAACGCCGACAAACUCGUGAUUGUGCAGAUCUUGGAGAGUGAACUACAAGACAUGGAGGCCGACUUUGGCAGCGGAAUUUCUGGUAAGCUAGGAGUUCAUCAUGGUGGAUUUGAGCCGACUAACACGCCGCCCGCUCCAGCAAUCAACCUGAUUCAUCUUCGUGCCGCAGAAUUGCACUUCCGAUACUUCAUGUUUUUGAGCUCCAAUGCGCGAACUGACGACCUCAUGAAACUCUACACUGCAACCACAUCUUUCCUUGGCCGAGUGCUGGACCUCGAAACAUCUCCGGGUGAAUUAAUCGGCCAUUCCACCAACUACAUUCUCCAGAUGAUAGUCUCGGCCGCUUUCGCUCUCAUGAAAAUGUUGAGGAGUAGCUUUAGUCGAUUCAUCAAUUUCGUUCAUGGCAAGUUACUGUUCAACGGAGCAAUCUCAGCUAUCCGUCGAAUCAGUGUCAUGGACCAUGACCGCCCCAUCCGACUUGCAGACAUUCUAGCUCAGAUGUGGAAUGCCACCAAUACAGAGACAGCGGAAGAAGAUGCUCUCCAGCUCAAGGUCCGCUGCCGAAUGAGUAUGAGCCAUGUCUACGACACUGUGUGGCGUUGGCGACAACGAUUCCGACCCGUGAAAAGUUUUGAGGAAAUGCAAGCUGCCGCGAUUGCCGCCAACCAAGACAUACUUGGGCCGUCAGGACACAUGACCCGGCCACAAGAUAGUUCCUUGGAGGAUACCUCCGUGAUGAUACCUGCGCAGUUUGACGAAGGCGGUGCUUUCUUCAGUGAAGCUGGGUUUUCCGAAGUCUUUGACUCCCUGAAUUGGGUUUUCGAUGGCAUUCCCGACUCUUUCGUUGCGCCGCCCAUUUUAUAG